AUGCGUCAAGAAGCGAGGCAAAGAAGUUUUUUUAGAAGGGGAGGUGGAGGUGGAGGUGGUAGUGGUGGUGGUGGUGGAGGAGGAGGAGGUAUCGGAGGAUUCUGCAGCGGAUUGAUUAAACGGCCUUACUGCUGCUCGCCAUUGGUUGCUCUCGUGCUCCUUUGGCUGAUCGGCUUUGGCAUCUGGAAUAGCGGCCUUUUCAGAAGUCGAAAUUCCUCCCCAUCUGCUCCUGCUAUCGGCGAAGACGAUGAUCCCUAUGCCAGCGGCCAGCCUGGCGACGACGCAUGGACGGCAAAGUCAACCAAGACCUCUCAGCCGGCCAUCACCGGCACCAAUCCCUCUCUUUCUGACGCGUCUGACGACGACGAUGACCCCUGGUCUUCCAAAAACACCAAUCCUGGUGGUUCGGUGACGUCGCCCAGCCUCAGCAAUGCAGGCUCGGAAAGCGAUUAUGGGGAUGGUCUAGGAGGAUCGGAAGGAUCAGAUGCGGCAGGAGGAGUAGCAGACGAGGAGGGCGAGGGAGGCGGAACUGGGACAGGCGGGUUUAGACCCGGAAGCGGGCCCGGGAUGGGUUUUGGAGAGGCUGGUGAGGAUGAGGAAGAUGGGGAUGGAGGAAUGGGAGGGACGACAGGGUGGGGUUCAAAGCUAGCUGGUUCCAGGCCUGGGGGUGGUCGGGCAGGAGGGUUUGGAGGCUUGCCGGCAACGGGAAUGGAGGAUGAUGACGAGGAGAGCGGUGUUACUGGUGUGGGUGGAGGGAGAGGGAGUGCGAAGGGAGGGGCGUUUGGGACUAGAGAUGAGGGGUUUGGAAGCCGUACUGGUGGGAGAAUGGGUACAUUUGGUGGGCGUGGCGGUGCUGAGGAGGAGGAAGAGGAGGGAGAGGAAGGGGACGAGGAUGAGAGUGAAGAGGAAGAAGAGGAGGGAGGGGAGGAGGAAGAGGAGGAGGAGGAUGAGGAAGGUGGGGGCAGGGCGAAGCGGAAGAAGAAGGGAGGGAAGAAGAAGAAAAGUGGAGGGAAGGGGAAAAGGGCGCGGGGAGGGAAGGAUGAGGUGGAUGACGCACUGGAAGAAUUCGAACAGGCGGCUAAAGAAGCAGAGGGGUUGGUGGCACGACUCGGCAAGAAGAACCCACGUAAGAAGGCGAAAGGGGGAGUUGCAGCAGCAGAGGAGGAAGAAGAGGAGGAGGACGAUGAGGAGGAGGCGGAGGAGGAGGAGGCGGGGCGGGGAACGGGGCGUGUGCGGCAGCCCGGGAAGUUGGGGAAGGAUGCGGCGAAGAGGAAGGAGGAGGAGCGAGUGGCGAGUAUGUUCUAUGGGACAAGGGCUGCGGACGAGGCUCCCAGUGUGGAGGACGCGCAGGUGGAAGAGGAGGAGGAGGCGCCGGGGGAGGAUGACGAGGGGCUGCUUGAUUUCGCCUCGCUGCGCAUCCCAGGCACCGGCGUCCGGGGCACCAAGGUGAUGGAGGUGGAGAGGCAGCUGGCAUGCGUGGCGAGGGAAGGGCGGUGGGCGCUCAACUCGACGCCUAGAUGGCUGCCGUGGGACCUCAAUCCGCUGAGAGUGAAGGAGCAGCCCAACUACCGCACCUGCGACAUGCUGCAUGCCCAGCGAGAGGGCGGCAUCUAUGGUCUCCAAGCCGAGCGAAUCCGCCAGAAGUACUCCCGAACCUCCCGCCGCCGAGGCUCGGCCGCGCCGGACUGGAAGGUUCGGCGGGAGGUGCUGUACGAGUGGCGCAGCAGCGAGCCGGAGCGGUGCCCGUUUGUGCGCUUCGACCGCGAGGGGUUCUGCCGGGCAGUGCGGGGGAGGAACGUGGUGCUGGUGGGGGAUGCGUUCAGUUUGGACAUGCAUGAUGCUGUGUUGAAUCAUCUGGUGACGGCGGCGACCAAGAGAGAUGCUGGCCGGCUGGGCGAUGGAUGGGCCAAUGUCACGGAGGGCGCAUGCUUCGAGGCGGGCCACCAGCUAUGCACCGACGUGCCCAUCACCCCCACCUCCGCUGCUCUCCCCUCCUCCACCGCCUCUGGCUCGUACGGCAAAGGCCCUCCUGACACCACUGGCGCAACAGGAGGGGGGGAUAGGCUGGGGGUGGAUGAGGAAGGUGGGAGUGCUAUCAGUAUAGCUGCCGUGCGUGGGAAGGAGCGCAGGAGGCGGGGGAGGAGGCAGGGAGGGGCCAGUCGAGGUCGCGUGCUGCUGUGGGAGUCAGAUGGGAGUGAGGAGGAGGACGAGGAAGAAGGGGCGGAGGGGGCAGAAGGAGGGCAAGGAGGGGGAGGAGGGGGGGUUGGGGGAAGGGUACCUCAAGGGAGCUCCAACUUAGGAGAAGAGGGGAAUGAGGAGGAUGAGGAGGGGGAGGGUAGUGGUGGGGGUAGCAGCAACGGCUGGAGCUCAGGGGGUGCCAGCGCUGGUGGAGGAGGUUCGGGCUCUAAUCUGCAGCUGGGGUCCAGGUCUGGGUCAGGCUCGGGGUUAGGUUCGGGCAGAGGUGUGGCAAGGGGUGGGGAAGCAUCAUCGGUGGGGUUUAACUUGCGGGUGGUGCUGAACCCGUUUCUGACGCCCGACACGGGCCGCCCCAUGCGCUACAACACCCGCUGGCUGCGCCGCCUGCGGCGGUGGCGCACGGAUAUCCUCAUCCUCUCCCGCACUGCGCUCUUCAACGAUAGUGAGUGCAUGCUGGGGCCUUUUCUUUCUUUUUUGGAAUGCUAUGUCAAGGUGCAAGAGGUGCGGGACACCCUGGAGGUAGUGAGGGAGCUCUACCCAGACAUGCUGGUCAUCUGGCGCAACUCCCCUGCGGGCCAUCCCAUGUAUCCCCCUUUCCCUCCAUCCUUCCUUCCCUGCUUCGCUCCUUUCCGAACACAAUGCAGAGGACGUGAUGUUGCAGGAGGUGCGGGACACCCUGGAGGCAAGGAUCUAAUGUUGCAAGAGGUGCGGGACACCCUGGAGGCAGUAAGGGAGCUUUAUCCAGAUAUGCUCGUCAUCUGGCGCAACUCCCCUGCUGGCCACCCCAGCUGCCACCGCUUCACCCGCCCGCUCAAGCGCCGCCCCAAGCCGCUGCAGCUCAAGGGGCAGCUGCCCGCCACGUGGACGCGGCACGCUGAGAUGAACGUUGCCGUGCGGUCUCUGCUCAAGGAGUAUGGAGUGGUGUAUCUAGAUGUGGAUUCAGCCACUUCACUACGUCCCGACGGCCAUCACAGGCGGAUGGAUGGCACAGUGGACUGCCGCCACUACUGCAUGCCAGGCCCCCUCGACCACUGGGUCUCUCUCCUCUACAACCUGCUCCGCCUUAUCGACAACCACUCCCAGCAGCCACAGCAGAACGGGCAGCGAGGGCAGAGAGGGCAGCAAGGGGUAUCACCCGAGCCUGAGGCGGGGGAAAGUGGGGCUGGAGAGGCGACUGGGGGUGUGGUAGAGGGAGGAAAAGAGGAUGUGGUGGCAGGCAGUGGGGAAGGGAGGGAGGCGGGCAGUGGGGAAGCGGGGAAAGUUGCAGGAGCAGAAGCGAAGGAGAGUGAUGGGGCUGUUGGGCCUUCAGAGGCAGGUGGGCUCGAUACUGGUGACGAGGGGGUCAGGGAGGAGACGGGGAGGAAGGAGGUACCGGAGCAAGGAGCAACAGAGGAAGGGGCAUCAGAGAAGGGAGGGGCAGGGGCGGAGCCAGGAGCAGGUGAGCAGAGAGCAGUGAAGGUUGGCACAGGAGCAGGAGGCGAGGAAGGAGGGGCAGUAGGGGUUGCGGAUGAAGGGGUGAAGGAGGGAGGGGAGGCUGGUGAUGUGAAGCAAACAGAGGGAUCAGGAGAGGAAGCAGGGAAGGCAGGGCAAGCAGGAAAGGAAACGGAACAAGUGGCCGGGGGAGCGGAGAGCAAGGAUGAAGGGAAGACUGGUGAUGGUGCUGCUACUGCUGCUUCUGCCACUGGUGGUGGUGACAGUGGUGGUGCUGCUGCUGCUGGCAGUGGUGAUAGCAGCAGUGGCGAUGCACAGUCAUUCCCUCCUCCAGAUGAUGCUACGCCUGCUGCUGACGCCACACCUGCUCCUCAAGUCAAAGCACCUGAACCCCUCGCGCCCUGCAGGAACUACUUGGAGUGCAUCCCAGGGACGGCAGUGCGGGGCACACAGGCAGUGGAGCAGACCAACCGUGAGAUGGCGUGUCUGGCAAAGGAGGGCCGUUGGAUCAAGUUCAACACGCCCCGCUGGCAGCCCUGGAGCAAGGACCCCAACCGCAACCCUCUAGCGCCCCACUAUGGCACCUGUGACAUUCUGCACCGCAGAAACAAGGGUGUGUUCGGCAAGGCAGCGGAGGACAUCCGGGUUUCAGGAACCGGCGAUUGGAACGUUCGACCGGAGCUGAAGCACACGUGGAAGGCGAGCCGCUUCUGCCCUCCGCUCAACGGGUACAACCGCGACAAGUUCUGCCGCGCUAUGGGGCGCCGCAACGUGGUGUUUGUGGGCGACCAGUCGCAGCUGGCGCUGCAUGAUGUGUUCAUAAAUCAUGUGCUCACCAUGAAGACUGCUAAGGACAUCGGCACCGCUGCUGAUGCAUGGGAGGAGAACGAGAUUCCUUUGUGCCACCGCAAGCCACACGUGGUGUGCUCGGACCAUGUGCCCGGGGGAUUCACCUUCCGAGUCGUGCACAACAACCUGCUCUCGCCUGACUCUGCCGGGGGCGGCAAGUUCAACCAGCGCUGGCUGCGCCACCUCACGGAGUGGAACGCUUCCAUUGUCGUCCUCAACAAGGGCUUCGAAAAAAGACCAACUGCCAAGUACCUGUCCACGCUGCGUGCAUCGCUGGCGAAGCUGAGGGAGGUGGCGCCGGACGUGCUGCUGGUGUGGCGCAACACGUGGCGCGGCCACCCCGACUGCGGCAACGCCACGGAGCCGCUCAAGGCCGUGCCGCACAAUGAAACCAACGAGAGCCAGUGGAGCUACGUGGUGGAACAGAAUGAAGGGGCCAAGGCCAUUGUGAAGGUGCGUGAGACAUGA